AUGAAAGCCAUCCUUCUUGCUGAAGCGGGCGGGCAAUAUGCCCCAGUCGACAAUCUUGACGUUCCAAAGCCUUCACACAAACAGGUUCUCGUCAAGUCUCUUGUGACGGGCAUCAAUCCAGUCGAAGAGUUCAUGCGCGCCGGUUUUCUGGUCCUCUCCUGGCCAAUAGUCCUUGGCUGUGAUGCAUCCGGUGUUAUCACAGAGGUCGGAAACGAAGUGACGAAGUUCAAGGUUGGGGAUUCGGUGUUUGGAUGUACGAGGUUGGGUGCGCCGGGGUAUGGGACGUUCCAGGAAUAUUUCCUGAUGGAUGAGAAUAUCACGUUCAAGAAGCCGGACAAUAUCAAUCGAGAACAAGCUGCCACACUUGGGGUUGGGUUGUUGACUUCAUCCUUAGGAUUGAUCAGUGGUGCAGACAUCGAACUUAAGUCAGCUGGAGGGAAGGUGGGCGAUGAGUGGAUUCUGGUUCUGGGUGCGGCUGGAAGCGUAGGACAAUAUGCCGUCCAGAUUGCAAAACUCUGUGGAUUCAAAGUCCUUGGAUCUUGCUCACCGGCCAAUGACAAGUUCCUGAAAACUGUCGGAGCGGAUGCGACAUUCAACUACAAGAUUUCACUGGAAGAGCAACUGAAAGAAAUAGCGAGCAUCACAGGUGGAAAGUUCAGCCGAGUAUUCGAUGCAAGUGCAAUGGCAACAGAGACAGGAAUGGAAGCACUUGCUCAACACGGCGAUUCCAAAGCCAGCACGAAAUAUUUCGUUACUACUAACGACUGGGUGCCGAUUGAACCAAAGAAAGGCAUUACAGUCAAUAUGGUGUCCUUGGGGAAGAUCGGGAAGAAUGGAGAUGAAAGCACUCGGCAGGUGAACCAGGAUAUUGAGGACUUCAUCCCCGUAUUGGAGAAGUAUCUGGCCGAUGGUUCAUUGAAGCCGAUGGAUUAUGAAGUGGUGGGAGAUACUGGAGUGGAGGAAGUCUUGAAAGCACUGGAGGCGUUCAAUUCCAAGAAGAGUGCCACGAAGAAGGUUGUGGUAAGACUAGCUGCAGAGUAG